AUGGCGGCCAGCAGGAGGCUGAUGAAGGACAACCCUCCAUAUGAUAAGGGGGCCUUCAGAAUCGAAAUCAACUUUCCAGCACAGUACCCAUUCAAACCACCGAAGACCACAUUUAAAACAAAGAUCUAUCACCCGAACAUCGAUGAAAAGGGGCAGGUCUGUCUGCCAGUAAUUAGUGCUGAAAACUGGAAGCCAGCAACCAAAACUGACCAAGUAAUCCAGUCCCUCAAAGCACUGGUGAACGACUCCCAGCCCGAGCACCCACUUCGGGCUGACCUAGCUGAAGAAUACUCUAAGGACCGUAAAAAAUUCUGUAAGAAUGCUGAAGAGUUUACAAAGAAAUACGGGGAGAAGCGACCUGUGGACUAA